CGGCGAUAAGGACUAACCGGAGGCGGAGCUUCACGGAAGAGCUGCCGCUGCUGCUACCGAUGAUUCACGGUAAGAUGAGCGGCAGUGACCGAGCAGAGCGCACCAUCAUGGGAGCGAACAUGGUCUCACUGUGGCUGACAUGGAUUUGUCUCGUGCAGACCUCUGGGAUGUUGUCUCACGUGGAGAGAUAUGAGGUGGUCCGACCUCAGAGACUUGAGGGGAGACAGAAAAGGAGCCUGCGGGACAACCAGCUUUAUCCUGAUACGGUCCAGUACGAGUUGGCCAUUGAAGGGAGGAACCACACGAUUCAUCUGGAAAAAAACAGGAAUCUCAUUGGGAGAGGCUACACUGAAACACACUAUUCAGAAGAUGGAAAACGGGUGACGGUUUCACCAAAUGAAGAGCACUGCUACUAUCACGGCCAUGUUGAAGGCAUGAAGGACUCUUCAGUCAGCGUUGGGAUUUGUUCAGGCAUUAGUGGCUUUGUGAGAGCCCGGCAGCAGGUUUACCUGAUAGAGCCUCUGGGACAGUCUGAGGACGGUGACCACGCAGUUUACAGACAGGAGCACCUGAAGAUCAGCGGCAGCGCCGGCUGCGGCUCCUCAUCCAACACCACCCCGUUGUACGACCAGGACCAGGCCCAGGGCCCUCGGCUCGCUGGUCUCUUCAGGUCCAGAUCAUGGAAAACUCAACCCAUCACAGGUCCACAGAGAUUUCUCGAGCUGUUUGUGGUGGUGGACAGUACUGAGUAUAAACGAUAUGGAAGCGAGACUAGAUCCCGUGUUCUCGGAGUUAUAAAUCACGUUGACAAGCUGUAUCGACCUCUGAACAUUCGCAUCAUACUGGUGGGCUUGGAGAUUUGGACAUACAGAGACUUAAUUGACGUUGACAUUAAUUCAGAGACUACCCUGGACAAUUUUCUAAUGUGGCGGCAGGCCGAUCUUCUGCAGAGGAAGAAGCACGACAAUGCCCAGUUUGUGACUGGCAAAGAUUUUAAAGACGAUACAGUUGGACUGGCAAAUAAGUUUGCCAUGUGUACUGCAAACUCAGGUGGAGUCAAUCAGGAUCACCAUGAAAACCCAACAGGCCUCGCCUCCACCAUCGCUCAUGAGAUGGGACAUAAUUUUGGCUUGUCCCACGAUACUCAACGUUGUAUGUGUGGUCCGUCUUACAGCAGUGGGAACUGUGUGAUGGCAGAGAAGCUCAGGACAGGAAAUCAAGCAUUCCCGGAGUUUUUCAGCGGCUGCAGUUUGGAGCAGCUCGCUGAAUUCAUGGAGCGAGCUCAGCCCAACUGCUUGUCCAAACCCAGCUCCAUUAGGACCAUCGCUGCAGGCCCUAGCUGCGGCAACGCCCUGCUGGACCCUGGAGAAGAGUGUGACUGUGGCACUGUGGAGGAAUGCACAAACCUGUGUUGUGAUGCCUCAACUUGUCGCCUGACUUCAGGAUCCCAGUGUGCUCACGGACAAUGCUGUGACAACUGUCAGUUCAAACAAGCUGGAAGUGUGUGCAGAAAGUCAGCCGGUGACUGUGACCUGUCUGAAUACUGCACCGGAGCGUCAGAGGACUGUCCUGAAGAUAGUUUUGAGAUGAACGGCAAGCCCUGCUACGACCAGGCACAGGGCUACUGCUACAACGGACAAUGCCCCACACAUCAGCAGCACUGCUGGAGGCUGUUUGGACCAGGGGCCAGAGUUGGACCAGAUGUGUGUUUUAACCUGAACAAACGUGGCGAAGAAGGCGCUAACUGUGGGAGGAACAAAUUUGGCUACACCCCCUGCACUGAAGCGAAUCUUAAGUGCGGAUCUAUGUUUUGUGGAGGAGGGGGCGAGUCCAUCACAGGUAAAAGAGCAGCCUACACUGUGAAUAGCAUCGAAUGUAAUCUAACUGUGGAUGACGAUAAGACCAGAAACAUCGACAUGGUGCCAAAAGGAACCAGAUGUGGACCAAAUAAGGUUUGCCUUGACAACAGAUGUGUGGAUAUUUCAGUUUAUGGGACAGAGGAGGCUUGUGCAAAGAAAUGCAACAACAAUGGGGUGUGUAAUCACAAGAAAGAGUGCCACUGUAAUCCCGGCUGGGCUCCACCCUACUGUGACAUCCAGUAUGCAGAUUUACCUCAAGGUCAGAGUGGGAUAAUAGCCGGUGUGUGUGCAGCUCUCUCCAUCCUUCUGGUGAUCACUAUAGUGAUCGCAGGGCUGAUGUGCUGCAAAAAGGACAACGUGGACAACUACAUGGCCAAAAGGAAAGUGCAUUCAGCUCCAGACAAGUUGAACCCGAUGUUUCAAGACAGACCUCAGAUCAGUCAGCCCACUUUCAUGGAGUCAACAGCAACGCAAGCCUACGCUCCUCUGAUUGUUACUGUGAGACCCAGCAGAGCCGCUCCACAGCCACAAAAGAAUCUGUCUUCAGUGUCGUCUACCUCACAAACUGAGCCGACAAAACCUCUACCUCCAUCUAAACCUUUACCUCCUCUGAAUCUAACUCCGAAUAAGGCAGCCAGACCAAGUCCUCCUCCUGUACCUCCAGUCAAGCCCAGCCCUCCUCUGCCUCCAGCGAAGCCACAAGUUCACAGACUCACAUGAAAGUCUCAUUAAAAAUUGCACCAUGGUAGUUGAACAUAAGAGAGCGAUCCUUUUUGGGAUCAUUUAUGUGAGUCACAGAGGCCAAAGAGUUUGUAAAAGUUUCCUCUUUGUCUUAAAGAAGGUGCGAUGUGACCGCAGCUUCACCGACUGAGAAUGUCUUUGAUGACCAACAGCUUCACAGCUGCUGUGGAAAAGUGAUUUUGGGGGAAAACUCUCCAUUAAUGUAACCGCUGUUGCAGUUGUUGCGUGUUUGUAAAAAGUGCUUUCUGCUCACUUGCUUUAACAUUAAGUUGUCUCAUUACAGUGUGAGUAAAAUGGUGCUCACAUGAAAAUGUACUUUUCAAAUAUUUAUUUAAUGUCUGUGCAAGGGACCGUAUGAAAACUAUUAGAGUGAAGGAGGGUCAAAAAGGGGGGAGGGUAGUAUUUAUCGUUUCUUUUGGGUGAAGGGAGGGUAGUCGCAUGUUUUUGGAAGAGCAGGGGAGGGUGUUUCGUGGCUGGAACGUUUGGGACGUUUGCCGUAAUUACUUGUGUGAAGUUUGGUGUUUUUAGCUUGGUUUUUGGUCUCCACCACCUCCUGAGAAAAAUAUCUCUCUUUAGAUGCUAAAUUCUCCUCUAUGUCCAUCAGCUAGUCUCUAACUGUGUCUGUUUGCUGCUGAGCAGGUAGACUACAGUGGCUUUUUCCAUCUUUUUCUCUGAAAACGACGCUAUGAAAGUGGUGAGCAGGAGGCAAUUAAUUUUUACCAAAAUUACCGAAAUGCCACCCACUAGUAGCAAAGAGAGUGCAGGGGCAGAUAGGUUGUUGUUAAGUUGAAUAUGUUAGUCUUGUCUGGCUGACUCAUUGAUCCUUUAUCCAGGAUUAUGAGACCAGCCCUUCUGUCAGUUUCUUCUUACAUCUAUAAUCUCUAAACUAUAGACCUUUUUGUAAACAGCGAUGGCGUCUUUUGUGGGCGGAGCCUAACUGCUGGCAGAAAGUGACAGUUGUUUGGAUGAAAACACGGCCACUGAAGCCUCAACGCUGCGUUAAAAUAACUUAUGGUUUACCAGACCAAAAUUAAGACAAGAAGUAGUAGAGUUGGCCGAUUUUUGUCAUUUAAUUUAGCAAAUUUUAAGGUCUGCAUCGGAAGAACUCUCCGCUGCUCCGCGGGGUAGUGAGACAGAGGGGGGAAACAGUGAAUUAAGGAUUUAAUUCAACCAAACUAGGGUUGGGAAUUUUUGGAACAGUGGAAAGAUGUUUCAGUGAGUUUAAUUUGAUUUUGAAUGAAAUGUGUUUUUGGAUGAGUUAAGGUAAUUAAUCUAGUCUUCGUUAGGCGAAGGAGAGAAACUUGAAUUCAGAACAUGUAUGGUUGUGUUUUUCUGUUUAUUAGGGACAAUAUGUGUUAAUAUUCAUCAUCAUCAUUUCAUUUUGUUUAUUUAUUAGACAAAAAAAAAAAAUCUAAGAGAGCUAGUGAAACAAAGCAAACUCACCGCUGAAACACACCACCGGGCUGACGGAGGAGGAAGCCAUUGAAAAGUUGCAUAGAGCUGCUCUCCCCACCCUAAUUAUUUUUCAUACAGUCCCUUAACUGUUCAAAGCCAGUCUGUGUCUUCUACAAGGUUUUAUUUUGUGUCGCUCUGCACUGUACUUGAAAACGUAUGAAUGGUACACACAGUAUUCAGACGACCUGUAUGAGUUACUGUGGUUCAUGCUGUGUUUGUUUCCAGUCCCGAGGCUGUGUGUGACAGAGCCUCAAGAAACAGGUAGUUUUUAUUACUGCAUUUUUAUGUUUUUUUUUUUUGUAGUGAAUUAGUAGCAUAAUCACUGAUAAGUUUUAAAAUCCAAAAUAUCAGUUGGCGCGAUCACAAUAGUCCUUUUUAAACCUGAAUGAGUUCCCAUAAGAAUAAGAGGGCCUUUUGUUUUAACAAAUAAAGUGCACUUUAUGAUCAUGUUGCAUCAGCAGAUGUAUCGGGUGUGUUUUCCCUCAGAGGUUUAUUAUUAUUUUGUGAAGUGCAUAAUGAUUAAAAAUGUUUCUCAAUGAA